UUUGGCUCUGCGUGACUCGCCGGUGAACCGUGACCCCCCCCCCCGUGCCGCCGCCAUGUCCCGCCGCAGCCAGCGCCUCGUCACUACGCGCUAUUACCCCGGGGACGACGAUGUCACGACCAGCAGCAGCAGCAGCUCCCUGCUGGGGGGCCAGCAGCUCCCCUUCAAGGAGAGCACCGGCAGGACGAUGAGGAGGAAAUCGAGCAGCACGAAGCGCCUCUCUCCCGCCCCCAGCACCCAAACCUCCUACUACAGCGAGUCCAUGAUGAGCGAGUCCUACCUGGGGGGCAGCCGGGGCCUCGCUGCCCUGGGCAGCUCUGUGCUGGACGAUGCCCUGGACAGCAGCACGUACUGGGGUGGGGAGCUCUCGACCAGGAGGAGAAGAGGCACAGGGGACACCGAGUCCAGUAAGAUCAACGGGCUGCUGGAGAGCAAGACAUACGACACCUAUGCCUCUUCAUCUGGGUACUCCUCAGAAGAUGACUAUGCCGGUCACUUUUACUCAGGCCAGAGUAGCUCCGGGUCGGGGCUGAGGACCGCAGCCUCCCGCGUGGGCUCCUUCCUCUGGCAGGUGGUCACCUCCCCGGUUCGGUUCGUGGGGUGGCUGUUCUCGGGGCUGGCAGCUGCCUGGCACCGCCUCACCGGCGCGGCUCCCAGCCUGAGUGGCAUCCCCUUCUCCAGGCGGUACCCGCGGCUUAAGAGGUCCCUGCUUCUGCUGCUGCUUCUCCUGCUCCUCGCCGCUGCUGCCUACGGAGCUUGGUACUUCUACCCUUACGGGCUGUCGACGCGCAGCCUCCCAGCCUUCCCGUGGUGGGGAGCUGGAAAGCUUUCCUCCUCCGAUGUGCCUGGGGCAGGGGACUUGACCGCGCUGGACCAGGGGCUGCGGGGGGAGCACCGGCUCCUGGCUCGCUUCCAGGCCCUGGAGAAGCGCUUCGAGGCGCUGGAGGCCGAGGUGUCACGGUGGGAGCUGCAGCGGGCGGCAGCGAUGGCGGCGGCGGGAGAGCCACCCCCGGGGGACGUCCUGGCACUGCUGGAGGGGCUGGUGAGCCGCCGGGACGCAGGGCUGAAGGACCAUCUCCUCACCGACGUGACCAGCCACCUCCAGGGCGAGCUGGAUGCCCUCCGAGCCCAGGUGCAGAGGGAUUUAGACGGGCGCCUGGGGAAGAUGGCACAAGCCUCUAAGGAGAUGGAGGCGCGCUUGCUGGAGCUGAACUCGGAGUGGCAGAGCUCGGCGCAGGAGGGCCUGCGAGGGAGCUUCCAGCAGGAGGUGGGCAAGCUGGAGCAGGAGGUGGCAGCGCUGAGGAGGGAGCUGGCAGGCCUCAAGUCGGACCAGGAGGUGAUGGGGAAGCACAUGGAGGGGAUGCUGGAGCAGCUGAAGGCGGUGCGGGCUGAUGUGGAAGCGCAGUUCCCGGCGUGGGUCAGUCAGUUCCUGUCACAGUCCCGCCGGGAUGGUGCCGCUGGCCUCAUCCUCCAGCGGGAAGACUUGCAAGCGGAGCUCCAGGCCCUGGAGCGCAAGAUCCUGGCCAAAGUCUUGGAGGACCGGAGGCUGUCAGCGCGGGAUGCUCAGGCCGGUAUCGGAGUCGCCCUGCGGCAAGGGGGGACUGCAGGGGUGACGGAGGAGCAAGUGCAUCUCAUUGUGGGCCAGGCCCUGAAGCGCUACAGCGAGGACCGCGUGGGGAUGGUUGACUACGCCCUGGAGUCGGCGGGGGCCAGCGUCAUCAACACCCGCUGCUCAGAGACCUACGAGACACGGACGGCGCUGCUGAGCUUGUUUGGCAUCCCCCUCUGGUACCACUCGCAGUCCCCCCGUGUCAUCCUGCAGCCAGACGUCAACCCCGGGAACUGCUGGGCGUUUCGUGGGUCCCAGGGCUUUGCUGUCAUCCGCCUCUCUGGCAUUAUCCGCCCCACAGCCGUGACGCUGGAGCACAUCCCGAAAGCGCUCUCGCCCCAGGGGACCAUCCCCAGUGCCCCCAAGGACUUCGCUGUCUAUGGCUUGAAGGAGGAGGGAGAGGAGGAGGGCCUUCUCCUUGGGCAGUUCACCUACAACCACGACGGCGACCCUAUCCAAACGUUUUACUUGGAGGGUGACGCUGUGGGCACGUACCAGCUGGUGGAGCUCCGGGUGCUGAGCAAUUGGGGCCACCCCGAAUACACCUGCAUCUACCGCUUCCGCGUGCACGGGGAGCUGGCGCACUGACCCCCGGCUCCCGCACGGGACGAGGAUGCUGCCAGGCCAACAGCAGGAGGGGAUUCGUCUGGUUCGCCGCUUCGCACGUAGAAAUCCUGGGAUGCGCCAGCAGCCGCCCCAGGGAGCUGCUCCCUUGGGGGAGGAGAAGAGCUGGUGUUUAAGGGGUGAGGCUUUCACUCUUCCAAGGACCGGGGUGGCGAGGCAAGAGCAUCUCACGUGGGUCCUAGCGCAGCCUGGCUUGUUUUCAGUGCGUAUCGGACAUUUUAACUUUUUAAGCUGAUUUUUUUUUUUUAAUCGGGUCUGCGCAGCCCCUCGUCCCCGUUGCCCUGCUCCUUUCUGAUGGCGUGCCUAACGUUGCCGGCGCUUGGGAAAGGGGUAUGUAAUUUUGCGAUGUGCUUCACGCGGGCUUGGGCACGACAUGGCGUACGGGACCGCAGUGAUGGGCUCGGUGCCGCCGGAGUAGGCAGGAGCCACCAGUCACGGCCACUGAGUCUCUCCCUUCCACGUGGGGUCAUUUUUCCUGCCUUGGCUUUGGUUUAGAUAAAGAUCUCCAUACCUCCAAUGCUGGCCUGGCAGAGGGGAAAUAAGACAGUAUUAACGAAGUAUUAACAUAAAAGUAAUGGCUUGGGGCAGCAGGAGGGGAGAAAUUCGGCACGUGUUGGUGGCAGAGCCCACCCCAGUGCUGCUGUCUGUCCACUCGAGCCCUCCUGCUGCCGGCGGCUGUGUUGGGUCUUGGUGAUGCCGUCAGCCUCCCCUGGCUGGCUGGCUGGCUCCCUGGCGUUAAGCGUGAUGAUGCUGUUGAAAACUCCUGUUGCCUGCUUCCCCUUUUGGGUUUGUU